GAGCCCUACUCAGAAAACGUGAAAACUGUCAGGAGAAAUAAAGAGGAGAAGAAACUUCUCCGAAAGCAAAUCAAAGCCAGUCAUACUUUACUGAAGCAUGAGGGCAUAAGCACAGUAACACAGCCCACCAAGAGCCUGGUGGUGGCUAACGGUGGGUUAGGUAACGGUGUGAGCCGUGAGCAGCUCCAGGACGUGCUGGGAGAGGUCGGCGAAGUGGAGACCCUGGUUAUGCCCCCACACAAACCCUACGCCCUAGUGACCUACAGGUCAGAGGUCAGCGCCCAGAGAGGACACGCCCUCAACGGACGACAGCUGCAGUGUGGGGACCAGAUUGUCACACUGUACCUGAGCUAUGUCAUUACAGUGGACAGUGGGUUGGGGGGGGGUGUGGACCUCCCCCCAGGGUUGGUGCUGGUUGAAGAGUUUGUCUCUCCGGAGGAAGAGGCUCUCCUGCUGGACGCUAUAGACUGGACGUCCCACGAUGAGGAUGUCACUGUGCAGAAAGCCCUGAAGCACAGGAGAGUGAAGCAUUAUGGUUACGAGUUUCGCUAUGACAACAACAAUGUGGACAAAGACAAACCGUUACCUGGAGGUCUUCCCCAGGUGUGUGUCCCUGUGCUGGAGAGGUGUGUGAGGGACAGACACACAGACAUCAUGCCAGACCAGCUGACUGUGAACCAGUACCAGUCUGGACAAGGUAUUCCUCCUCAUGUGGACACUCACUCUGCCUUUGAAGACCUCAUCCUCUCCCUAAGCCUGGGUGCUAAGACGGUGAUGGAUUUCCGUCAUCCUGAAGGCCGCUCGGUUGCCGUAGUGUUGCCAGGGCGCAGUCUCCUGGUGAUGAAGGGAGAGAGCAGAUACCUAUGGACGCACGGGAUAACCCCCAGGAAGUUUGACGUGGUGCCAGCCUGUGACCCAGAAUCCCCUGCUGCAGUGACCUCUGACCUCAGUAACCAUAGUAACCUCACCCUAAGUAGGAGGGGCACCAGGACCUCUCUCACCUUCCGUAAGGUGCGCCGCACACCAUGUGACUGCGGGUACCCCUCGGCCUGUGACAGCCAGCAGCCUACUGCCCCUCCCUCGCCCCCCUCCCUCCCUCGCAGCCAGACUGACGCUAGCCGUCUAGAGGAGGAGUUUGUGCACCGUGUGUACGAGGAGAUCGCUGGUCACUUCAGCAGCACUCGACACUCCCCCUGGCCACGCGUGUGUGACUUCCUGUCUUCCCUAGAACCAGGAAGCAUUCUCGCUGAUGUGGGCUGUGGGAACGGAAAGUACCUGGGCGUCAACCCGGAAGUGAUUGCGGUGGGGUGUGACCGUAGCAGUGCUCUGGUCCAGAUCUGCUCUGAAAGAGGCUUCCAGGCCUUUGUGUCAGAUGCCCUCAAUGUACCUCUACGCAGUGAUGCCUGUGAUGCCUGCAUCUCUAUUGCAGUCAUACACCACCUCUCCACACAGGAGCGGAGGCAGGCUGUGGUUGAGGAGCUUGCUCGACUACUGAGGCCUGGAGGACGGGCUCUGAUCUAUGUGUGGGCUGUGGAACAGGAAUACAACAAGCAGAAGUCCAAAUACCUCAAAGAGACCAGACAACAUGGUCCUACAGACGACUCCACGGACCACAACAACCAGGAGUCAAAGAGUCUUACAGGCAAUGCCACAGACGCCUACAACACAGCACAGGAUACUUCAGGUAUAUCCAUGGGCUGCACCAAAGUCCACCGUGAGACAGAGAGUCCAGCAAAACUGAGCGUUCACACCAACCGCACUGCCUUCAACUCCCAAGACCUGCUGGUGCCCUGGCACCUCAAGGGUGGAGGGGGAGGAGGGUGUAACCAGAGGAGGGGAGGGGAUGAGCAGGGGGGACGAGGCUCCAAAAAGACUUUAAACCCUCCCACUGAAGCCCAGGCCCCUGCCCCUGCCCUCAACGCUUCUCCCAGCCCAGUGUUUCACCGCUACUACCAUGUGUUCCAGAAGGGGGAGCUGGAGGAGCUGUGUGUCAGGGUCAGAGGGGUGACCGUACAGAGCAGCUACCACGACCAGGGGAACUGGUGUGUCAUACUGGAGAAGACUGGAGACAGAUAAACAAACACUAUCAAGAUUUUAGUAAAUGAGCUCCUAAACUGAUAAACAUUGAAUUCGGAAAUAAAUUAGCUUUUCGCCUCAUCAGAUAAAGACGAGACAAUUAUACGAGCCAAUGAUGCGUUUUGUUAUCUCUGAUUAUUGUAAAUAAUAAAGAUUGAAAAACAAAAUGCCC